GACGUCGGACCGGAAGUAGGCGGGGCACGAGAGAGGGAGCGCGAGCCAGUGCGCAGCCGCAGUGAGUCCCUCUGUCGCCCGGGCCCUGCCCUGCUCGCUUCCUUCUCGGCGCCCGGAGCAGGCCGCAGUCACAAGUGCAGCCAUUGAUUGAGAGAUGGUUGAAGAAAAUCUACCUCACACAUUUCAUUUAUUCGCCUACGUGCUGCAUCACUGGAAAUCUCACCAGAAACUUGGCUGUCAUUCUUGAAUGUCUCAGAAGAACAGAUGAACAUCAAGUCAGUGCAUUGCACCCCAGGAGUGGGUCAAACUCUGAAGUAUUCUUAAUUCAGCAGUACAGUCUGUCAUUGCUGUAUGUCCUAAUAAAGUUUUCAAAGGCUUCGAAGAGUAUCCCCUAAAAUUUCUUCUGAGAUUUUCAAGAAAUGGUUCUUUGACCUCUUUCCUGCUGUAAUAAAGUGGCUUCUCUAAUCUGGUCCUGGAAAUAUUAAUGGAAUGCAGACAUGUCUACCCAGGAAGAAAGGCAGAUCAACACAGAAUAUGCUGUGUCCUUACUGGAGCAGUUAAAGUUAUUCUAUGAACAGCAGUUGCUAACUGACAUUGUUUUAAUUGUUGAGGGCACUGAAUUCCCAUGCCAUAAGAUGGUUCUUGCUACAUGUAGCUCUUAUUUCAGGGCUAUGUUUAUGAGCGGGUUGAGUGAAAGCAAACAAACGCAUAUCCAUCUGAGGAACGUGGAUGCAGCCACUUUACAAAUCAUAAUAACUUAUGCUUACACGGGUAAUUUGGCAAUAAAUGAUACAACAGUUGAACAGCUUUAUGAAACAGCUUGCUUCUUACAGGUAGAAGAUGUGUUACACCGCUGUAGAGAAUACUUAAUUAAAAAAAUAAAUGCAGAGAACUGUGUACGGCUCUUGAGUUUUGCUGAUCUUUUCAGUUGUGAAGAGUUGAAACAGAGUGCUAAACGGAUGGUGGAACACAAGUUCACAGCUGUAUACCACCAAGAGGCUUUCAUGCAACUCUCACAUGAUCUGCUGAUAGAUAUUUUGAGUAGUGACAACUUAAAUGUGGAAAAAGAAGAGACAGUUCGUGAAGCUGCUAUGUUGUGGCUGGAGUACAACACAGAAUCUCGAUCACAGUAUUUAUCAUCUGUUCUUAGCCAGAUAAGAAUUGAUGCGCUUUCUGAAGUUACACAAAGAGCUUGGUUUCAAGGCUUACCACCAAAUGACAAAUCGGUAGUAGUUCAAGGAUUAUAUAAAUCCAUGCCGAAGUUUUUUAAACCAAGACUUGGAAUGACUAAAGAGGAAAUGAUGAUCUUCAUUGAAGCUGCUGCUGAAAACCCUGGUAGUCUUUACUCUUCAGUAUGCUACAGUCCACAGGCUGAAAAAGUUUACAAGCUCUGCAGCCCUCCUGCUGAUUUGCAUAAGGUUGGAACACUUGUAACUCCUGAUAAUGAUAUUUAUAUAGCAGGUGGACAAAUCCCACUGAAAAACACAAAAGCCAACCACAGUAAAACUAGCAAACUUCAAGUUGCCUUCCGAACUGUGAAUUGCUUUUACUGGUUUGAUGCCCAGCAAAACACUUGGUUUCCAAAGAGUCCAAUGCUGUUUGUUCGCAUAAAGCCAUCCCUGGUUUGCUGUGAAGGCCACAUCUAUGCAAUUGGAGGAGACAGUGUAGGUGGAGAGCUCAACAGGAGAACUGUGGAAAGGUAUGAUACUGAGAGGGAUGAAUGGACCAUGGUAAGCCCGCUGCCCUGCGCCUGGCAAUGGAACACAGCGGUUGCUGUUCAUAACUGCAUUUAUGUAAUGGCACACAAUUUGAUGUACUGUUACUUCCCCAGGUCAGAUGCUUGGGUUGAAAUGGCUAUGAGACAAACUAGUAGAUGCUUUGCUUCAGCUGCUGCUUUUGGAGACAAAAUAUUUUACAUUGGAGGCCUGCAUGUUGGCGGCAACUCUGGGAUUAGACUCCCUACUAGCACUGUAGAUGGGUCUUCCGUAACUGUGGAGGUUUAUGAUGUAAAUAAAAAUGAAUGGCAAAUGGCAGCCAAUAUUCCUGCCAAACGGUAUUCUGACCCCUGUGUCAGAGCUGUUGUGAUCUCUAACUCCUUGUGUGUCUUCAUUCGAGAAACCCACAUGAAUGAAAGAGCCAAGUAUGCGACCUACCAAUAUGAUAUGGACCUUGAUUGUUGGUUCUUGCGUCAGCAUAUACCUGAGCGGGUGCUCUGGGAUUUGGGAAAAGACUUCCGGUGUACUGUGGGAAAGCUGUAUCCAUCUUGCCUUGAAGAGUCCCCAUGGAAGCCUCCCCCAUACCUCUUUCCAGAUGCGGCUGAUGAAUUUGAACUGGAUGGAGAGAUGGUCACACUACCACCUGUAUAGCUCCCAAAAUUCAGAGACUGCAUGCCUAUAAUUGGUUACCAUGAAAAUUCUUUUUCAGGCAGUAGGACUGGAAACUGAAACAUUAAGCUGGCUUUGUCUGUAUGCCCUACAUAACAUUUUGUGGCCAGAGUAUAAAUCAGUGAAAUUUAUGAGCAGAUAUGCUUCCAUAAUCUGAAACAAUCCCUCUGAGAGCUGAUGGGAUCUAUAUGUAUAUUGCAAGCUUAAAGCAUCUGCUUAUUGUCUUAAUUUUUUUUUUUAGUCCUGUGAAGACUUUUAGUUCAGGAAACUUUCACAAAAGCAGCUUCUGUUUCUAGGAUGGUAUGUUAAUUGCUCAAAGUAUCUUCCAGUUAUAUUUGAGUGAGUUCUGGAAAUCUCUCUAUGUGCUAGUUAUCUAGAUUGUGUGGCCUAAUAGAAUGUGCUGCACUUGUGUUGCAGCUGCGUUGGUAUAAUAAUGCCAUGUAAAAGAAGAAGCAAAUCCCAUGGAUCUACCUGUGGUAGGAAGGGUAGAUCUUCCAUUUUACAGUGACAUGCAGGGCAAAAUGACUGCAGGCUCAGUCAAGCUGUAUUAUUAAUAUUGUAAUUAUUAUUAGGUGCAUGUUAUUUUCACUAACUUAUACCUGUCUAUUUAGAAUACAGGUCUUCCGAGCAGCUGGUAGUUUGCCAGGUGUGAACUUACGUUGCUGGGCUUGCAAUGCUGAUUGCCAGCCCUUCCUAGUGCGGGUCUGCGUGGAGCUUUUGAUCAGUAAAUAGCUCCACAUUCUGUUUCAAAAACAUUGGCUCAUGCAUAUUACUUCCUGCUGCUUGUUCCCCCUGCCCCAGUGUAAACUAAGAGUUAGUGUGGAUUAACCAGGUCUUUAUUUUUGUUAAUUUAAUAACAAGCAUUUACUGUAGUGUGGCUGUGUAUAAGUAUCCCUUAGUUGUCUUUUUUUUUUCUUUUUCCUUUUUCGAGGGGAGCAAAUUUUGUUCAGGAAUACUCUGCAGGAGAGCAGUUGACUAGUGCUGCUUUGGCAUUAAUCCCAGGAACCACUAGCAGUAGCGGGGAGCCACCAAUCUUACAUGAGCACAGGUGCUUCAUGAUGGAUCGUUCUAGCAUGUUCAGCUGCAUCAUGUUCUGGCACUGUAUUUUGAAUGAUAUUAAUUUAUUAAAAAAUGAAUUGAGACUUGUUUACUCAUGUGUUGCUUGUUGGUUUUUUUGCAAGACAGUAUGCUUUAGAAACAGUAGUGUGUUAGUUAUGAUUGGCAAGGCGUAUGAACUUAUCUCUCUCGCACCAAUAAACCUGAAAAUAUGUCUCAA